CAUUGUUACAUAGACGUGGGGUAUCACUAGCCACCCACUGGCAACCACACACAGUGGAUGUUCCCUGACCAUCAGCUCAUGCCCACACCAACACAAAACAUGGAUGGAAAUCUACCGUUGACCCAAUCAUCGUAUUGCACCGUGGUAGAUAAAAAAGACCAGUCUAAACUAAUAUGCUACACGCAUACAACAUCUGGGAUAUUCAAUGUUGGCUUGACAAAUGCCUUUGAUGUGUGGAGCACAGAUUUCACUGAGGAGACAUUGAACCAGUUUAGACAGAAGUUUGCCUUAAAGUCAACAGAGGAUUAUAUCCUGAAAAUCAGGUCUGCGUGUGGGAGUGGGAGUGUGUCGGUAUCGGUGGAGGACACCGAUGCAGUGCUCUAUGUAGCGGCCAGUCCAGGAGACCUGAGUGUGACUCUGUCCAGACUAAAAGAACAAGAGGCUAAAGAGGUCCUGAGAGAGCUGCUGUUUAGAAUGGCAGACAGCCUGACCCAUUUAAACAAUACUGCAGGCCCUGCCUCAUUCAGUCCUGGGAAGAGUCCGCACAAACGGAAUACAGACUUUGAGCCAAGGAGACACCAGCAGAGUGGCCAAACUAUGGCAGUCAAGAAGCGUCUCCCAGGAGAUUCUCUCAUCAACCCAGGAACUAAGAGAAAGCGUCAAGCAACCGGGGUGGCAUUUGAUGAAGAAGACGAUCAAUGAUAAUUUGCUAAGAGGAAUGACCACAGUUGCUUUCCAUCCUUGCUGUCACAUUUAUCCAGCAUACAAACAAUAUAGUGCGUGAAUGUUCUUUUAAUCCACUAACACUAAGCCAUACAGCUUCAACAAAAUAUCCCAAAUGGCACUCAUUCCCUAUUUGGUGCACUACUUUUGACCAGAUCCCUAUGGGUAAUGAUUAAAAGUAGUGCACUAUAUAGGGUGCCUGAUUAAAAGUAGUGCACUAUAUAGGGUCCAAUUUUAGACGCACUCAUUAUCAUUACCUCAAUCACUGUGGGAAGACUUGAAACAUGUCUUCCCCAAAAAUAUUCUCCCCAAUUUUCGUGGUAUUCAAUUGGUAGUUACAGUCUUGUCUCAUCGCUGCAACUCCCGUACGGACUCGGGAGAGGCGAAGGUCGUGAGCCGUGCGUCGUCCGAAACACAACCAA